UCUUAAGGCUGAGACACAUUCACUGAUGUUAAAACAAAUAUAAAAAAACAAUAGUGGGGGUCAAAAGAAACUUUCAAUCUUCUGUUUGAUAACGUAAAUAUGAACAUACUGUAGUUAUAUUGGUCAGCUCAACUUCAUGAAAGAAAGUGUAACUCAAAAUACAUUAAACCUAAACAUGAGUUUCAUUUGAAAAAAAAUAUAAAACUGAUACUGUUCUCUUUAAUUUAUAUGAUAAAAAUUAUCACCCUAUAUAUUCUUAGUAUCUGUGCAUAUCAAAAUCCAUCCCAGCUUUUAAGCAUAAACGAAAUAAAAAGAAGAAGGGAAAAAAAAGAUUAACCAAGAAGAUGGGAAGCAAAGCUGUUGUCUCAGUCUACUUAAUUAUUUCACUGUGUGCUGCCAUCUUUGUCACUUGUGGAGUAGCUCAAAUGCAAAAUCCGCAGGCGAUUCCAGGACUUUUCCCACCUGGCUUAGUACCUAUUGAUCUCGUCAAAUGUUGGUCGUCUCUCUUUACCGUCCAAGGAUGUGUCCUGGCAAUCUCCAACUCAUUUUUUUCUGGAAAAUUUGAAAACGUUGAAGCGGCAUGCUGCAAGGUGUUUUCAACUUUAGAUGCAAACUGUUGGCCUCAUAUGUUUCCUUUGAAUCCUUUCUUCCCUCCUCUCCUCAAGGACAAUUGUUCCCGCAUCAUCCCUAACUCCCCUGCACACAACUGAAAGCAAUAAAGAUUGUUUAUCUACAGCUUUAGACUAGUAUAUUAGCUUCAAUCUCAAAGUUUUUCAUGUGUGAACUCAAAUAUUAGGAGAGCCCUCUAUGUAGCGUUUCUCAAUAAUUGAAAUUUUAGCAAUGAUUAUUUUUAAAAUUUAUCUUCUUUUGAAUGUGUCUUGGUCACAUUAUAGCUGCAUAAUUACACAUACAUCACUGAAAACAGAAUUGUUAUCUAUCCUAAGUCAGCUAGUCAUGUAAAAUAUUACAACAAAAGUUAGAACCCACACAAAUACGCUCUAACAAGAUUGAAACACCAAACGAAGUGCCUUCAUAUAAAUUGACAAAUGGGAUUUAGAGGUCUCAAAACCUCGAAACAAUUAUAUCUAUAUCCGCUUUUGCUGUCGGUUUAUGCAAGAGAAAGAAAAGAUAUCACGUAACUCUAAUUAAAUAUAAAAGAUAUCAUGUAACUCUAAUUAAAUAUAUUAAUUUAAAAUGGUUUAGACUUCACCCUAAGACUUCUGGGCCUAGAACCUUUAUAUGCAAAAACGAAAAUCUGCUAACUAUAAAAAGAUAAUACAACACAUAAGGAGAGACACUUCUUUAGUUUGUUAACUUACACGAAAAUAUAUAGAAUGUGAGCUUUAUUACAAUACUGAUAUCAAAGAGUUUCAUAAGCAUAACUUUUUUUUUUUAACUUACAAGCAUACUAUUAAGUUUCCACUCGUAUAGCUUUGUCAUUUCAUUGUUUACCAGGACAGUUAUUUCUUUUUCGUCGUCCUAUCAUUAUAUUCCUCAUUAUGUUAGCCAUGCAAAUACAACAAGAAAAUGAUGGUAUACAAAGCUUUGGUAUUUUGCUGACAUAUAUAUACGAGAAAUCAGGAUGUUACAAAUCAUCUCUAUUCACAGAGCAUAAUGCCUCCGUUACGCACCAUGAUAGGUUUCAUGACGCCUCUCGAAUCAGAACGGAGAUGUCAUACCAAGUUCUGAUACCACUUGUAACACCCCGAGCGCUCAUCGCUAAUGGGCCAUCCACAUCUGUUUACUCGGACUGUGGGUCCCAUCCGUGCAACAACUGGAGGCUUGAAAGUCUUGUUUACUAACUCUGCAAUCACCACAUGACCUUUUUCCGUGUUUUGAUCUCACUCACACGAUGUCGCGGAUCUAUUUCGGAUAACUCACCCAUCUUUCCACUAUUCCAGCUCAAACACGUUUAACUUUGGAAUUCUAAACGGAUAUGUGCCCGAAAAAAUAAAUACACUUUAGUGAUACAUAGGUAACCAAAUCAUUUCUCCUAAUCAUUUCUAUAUAUCAUAAAUCGCGAUUUUACAGGUAUAUUAGUCAGCUCCACUUGAUGUAAGAAAGUGUAACACGUAAUACACUAAACCUAAACAUGAGUUACAUUGUGAAACAAAGUUAACUGAUAUGUUCUCUUUAAUUUAUCUGAUAAAAUUUUGCAUCUUCAUCCUAUAUAUUCUAAAUAUCUGCGUAUAUCCAAAUCCAUCCAAGCUUUUAAGCCUAAACAAAAGGAAAGGACAAGGAAAAAGAGAUUAACCACGAAGAUGGGAAGCAAAGUUGUUGUCUUAGUCUACUUAAUCUUUUAUCUGUGUGCUGCCAUUUUUGUCACUUGAUGAGUAGCUCAAAUGAAAAUCCGCAGGCGAUCCCAGGAGUUUUCUUUCACCUGGUUUAGUACCUGUUGAUCUCGUAAAAUGUUGGUUGUCUCUCUUCAAUGUCCAAGGAUGUGUGUUCGCAAUCUCCAACUCAUUUUUUCUGGAAAUUUUGAAAAUGUUGAAGCCGCAUGCUGCAAGGCGUUUCAACUUUACAUGCAAAAUGUUAGCCUCAAAUGCUUUGGUUAAUCCUUUCUUCCCUCCUCUCCUCAAGGACAAUUGUACGUUUAUCGUCCCUAAUUCCCUUGCAUAAAACUGAAAGCAACAAUGAUUGUUUAUCUAUAUUUUUUGACUAGUUUAUUAGUUUUUAAUGUGUGGGUUCAAAAUUUUCGGGAGCCUGUGUUGUUUUUCUCAAUAAGGUUAAAUUUUGGCAAUGUAUUCUUUCCGGAAAAAAAAAAGACGAGAGAAUUAUCUACAACUCUUGUCACUGUAUCUUUGUCAAAUUAGGUAAGUAAUAUAAUCACAAAAUAUUUUUGAAAAUGGAUUUUUAUUAUCCAUCUCAUGUCGACUUCUGAUGGACAAAAACUAUGGUUUGAGAGGCCUCAAAACGUCAAGACAGUUCUAAUUUGUAUCUGGUCUUUUGGUUUAUGCAAGUGAAAGAAGGAAAAACAACAUAACUCCAAAUAAACUUGCUUAAGAGAAAAAGAUAGAUUAAUACAAAUUUAACAACCAUAAGAAAAGAUAGCUUAAUACAUAAGAAUAAAAAUUCAAUUCAGAUAACUUUCUGUUUUUUUUUGUGUUAGAUGAAUGGUCUCGAUCAUAUCAGAUACAUCUCCAAGCUAAAUUUCUAUCCUCAGUAGAACCAGAGAACGAGAAGGCAAAAACAAGUUCUAUUGAUUCUUUUUAGUAGUGGGAGUGAAUGAUGACGAUGAUUUAGAGCUCUGAAUCUGAUCAUCUUUAGAUGUUUUGAUUAUAAA